GUUUUUAUGACCUUGAACCAAAAUGAUCUUUAUAGUUUAGAGACAAAGAAUCUAUUCUAAUGGUUGCUUUGCUUUCAACCCACUUUUACAACUUCAUUGUUUAGUACCAUGACUUGUGAUUAGGGUGACAGCUGCGAUCAGCGAGGCAGUUUUUCGCUCAGCAGAUCAGAUGGCAUACAUGCCCCACGAUUACAAUGUUUUGAGUAUCAGUAAUGUCUCAUGAUGUGAACCAAAUUAAUGGAAGUAGAAGCCAGCAGUCUUGCUAUUUGUGCAGCCGAAUGUCGCAGUCCACCGGCGGAGUCCGCGAAUUCCCAAUUUAUCUCUGAACACCCACCACAGGCUACACCUGAGUUACCUGUGGCCCAUGCACAGUCGACUCCUGAUGACUCGAAACCAGAGGACGUCGUUUGUCAUGACAACUCUGCUUUCCAGCCAUCUUCAGAGGGAAACGCGAACGCCCCUCCUGAGUUACCCUCUGCGUCUGCUGAGCCUAACGCAGCAGAGACCCCAGACACAUCAAACAAACAUGCCGGAAAGUACAGGUUAAUACGUACCAUUGGAAAAGGGAAUUUCGCGAAGGUGAAACUUGCCAUUCACAUGGCUACCGGGGUCGAGGUUGCCAUCAAAAUUAUAAAUAAAACGAAAAUGGACAGUACACUUUUGAAACGCCUAAAAAGGGAGAUAGCUAUAAUGAAACUCACCAACCACCCAAAUAUUGUUCGUCUGCUAGAAAUAAUAGAGAACGAAGACGUCUUGUGCCUAGUCAUGGAAUACGCCAGUGGAGGAGAAAUAUUUGAUUAUUUGGUUUCGAAUGGAAGAAUGCGCGAAAAGGAGGCACGUGCAAAGUUCAGACAACUUUUAUCGGCAAUUCAAUAUUGCCAUUCAAAACGUAUCGUUCAUCGUGAUCUCAAAGCCGAAAAUAUACUUCUUGACAGCAAUUUGAAUGUCAAAGUGGCGGAUUUCGGGCUUGCCAACAUGUUUGAAUAUGAUCAGCGUCUAACCACGUUUUGCGGCAGUCCCCCGUAUGCAGCACCUGAACUUUUUUUAGGCAUUCCGUACUACGGUCCCGGUGUGGACAUUUGGUCGCUAGGCGUCAUCUUGUUUACUCUGGUUUUGGGUCACCUACCUUUUGACGCUCGGGAUCUUCGAGAACUGCGCAUGAAGAUCAUUGGCUUGAAUUAUACGAUACCGCGAGGGGCUGUUUCCCUCGAAUGUGAAGCAUUGUUGAGGAAGAUGCUGGUCUUGGACCCGAAAGAUCGUUCAUCUCUGAAGGUCAGCAUGAGUGAUAUUCUUCUUUUCUGCCCUGUUGUUUUUGUUACGACGAAAUAG